GAUGGGUCUGUUUUUGAAAAGUUGAGGACGGCAAUCAAGAACUUUCCAUCAAUACAGCUCCACAGUGCCAUACCCAUAAGUAAAGAUGUCAGUUAAGUAAGUUGUAAGUUUGGAGAUGUCCCAAAAGGGUCUCUGCUUUCAUAUCAACAGAGAGUCAAACUGUCUAACAGGCCAAAAGUGCACAUAAACAUUUAGGCAGCUGAUCCUCCUUUAUCUAUCUUAUCUCGUUUAACUCAGGCAUAUUCCACUGUGCUGACCGUGUCACAGCAGAACUUCAGGGAUGGCUUACACCUGUCUCUUGAUCAGGCAAAUUUGUAUGAAAAAGAGACACGCAAUCAGGCAGACAACUUAAUGUCGCACAAGCUUAUAGCCCAAAUAUUGAUUGCAAGUAAUUUCAAGGAUUUCUUUUGCUGUAAGAAAGAUUUUGAGUCACUUGUGGAACACUUCAUGAAGAAAACAGUUCAAACAGCUGCAAUUAUAUAUGGA